CCAUGAACUCAAAUUCCGACCAAAAAUCACCUACUCCCGGCCAAUGGUCAACCGGUCUAUGUGGUUGCUUUGAAGAUUGCGGGAAUUGCUGCCUUACCGCUUUUGCUCCCAUCGUCACCUUUGGACGCACUGCUGAACUCCUGGAUGAGGGUCGAACGUCUUGUUUUAACCCUGCCAGUUCGUUUUAUUGCGGCGGUGCUUUUUUCUCAUACAAAUACCGAACCAAACUGAGAGCCUUGUAUUCGUUGCCAGAAGAGCCGUGUGGGGAUUUCUGUGUUCAUUGUUGGUGCUCUAGUUGCGCUAUUUGUCAAGAAUACCGCGAACUCAAAAACCGUGGAUUCGACCCUUCAAAUGGUUGGGAUUAGUUCAAUGCUUCCAAAAUGGAGGGUGCAACUGCUUCCAAGAUAGAUAGUGCAACCACAAAG